GCUUAUAUAUCUCGAGGCCGCGGCCAUCCGAGGCCUUUUUAAUUUUCGUUCCGCAGCCGGUUGGUCGUUUUGUUGAAUCCGGCGCCAUCUGAGUCCGACGUUGGCGGGACGUUACCGGAGCCACCAUGCCGCCCAAGUUCGACCCCAACGAGAUCAAAGUCGUGUUCCUGAGAUGCACCGGAGGUGAAGUGGGGGCCACUUCUGCCCUGGCUCCCAAAAUUGGACCUUUGGGUUUGUCCCCAAAGAAGGUGGGAGAUGACAUUGCCAAGGCCACCGGUGACUGGAAAGGACUGAGGAUCACCGUGAAGCUGACGAUUCAGAACAGGCAAGCACAGAUUGAGGUGGUCCCAUCAGCCUCUGCCCUGAUCAUCAAAGCGCUGAAGGAGCCGCCUCGCGAUCGCAAGAAGCAGAAGAACAUUAAGCACAGCGGAAGUGUCAGCUUCGAUGAGAUCGUCAACAUUGCCCGGCAGAUGAGGCAUCGAUCCUUGGCCCGAGAACUCUCCGGAACCAUUAAGGAGAUCCUGGGAACUGCUCAGUCGGUUGGCUGCAGUGUGGAUGGGAGACACCCCCAUGAUAUCAUUGAUGACAUCAAUAGUGGGGCAAUUGAAUGCCCAGCGAGCUAAUAAGUCUGCUACCUGAACUAUCCUGUGACAAAAGUAGUUUGGCUGCCACCAUGAAAGAUAGAAUCCUAUUAUCUUCACCAACUCUCCAGUUUGGCUUCUUUGGGCAUGAUUCCAUCACAGCCCCUUAGAAUGUUGAAAAUGUUGUGUACGCAUUUCAAAAAUAAUAAAAAUUGUACCAAGU